AUGGCAACCAAGACUGAAGACUCCCAACUCUCAGCUUCAGCAGAGGAGCUCGAGAUGACCAAGAAGCAAGAUGAAGAACACGUCGCCUUCGAGCAGAUCAGCCCGGAAGAGGAGCGUGCUCUCGUCCGCAAGCUGGACAGAGUUCUCAUGCCUCUCAUGGCAUUCGUCUACUUCUUCCAGUACCUCGACAAGCAGUCAAUCAACUACGCCUCCGUCUUCGGCCUCCGCAAGGACCUCCGUCUGACAGGACAAGACUUCUCCUGGGUCAUCUCGCUGUUCUACUUCGGCCAGCUCUGCUCCGAGUACCCGGCCGCGUAUCUCAUGGGCCGCCUGCCCAUCACCCUCUUUGUCGGCGUGACCAUCAUCGCCUGGGGAGGGGUGGAAAUGUGUCUCGGCGCAACGCACGACUUCAAGGGUCUCGCCGCGGCGCGCUUCUUCCUAGGCUUCGCGGAGGGAGCGGUAUCCCCCGCGUUCAUCAUCAUCACGUCGAACUGGUACCGUCGCCGCGAACACCCGAUCCGCGUCGCGACGUGGGUUUCCAUGUCCGGCGUGUCGCAGAUUCUCGGCGCGCUGAUGAUGUACGGCAUCGGAGGGUCCCCGAAGAUGGCGAUGGAGAAGUGGAGGGCCAUGUUCCUCAUCAGCGGCGGGCUCACUGCGGCGUGCGGUGUGGCCUUCUGCGUCCUGAUGCCGAGGGAUACCACCACUGCCUGGUUCCUCACGCCGCGUGAGAGGGAGGUCGCGACGAGGAGACUCGCGCUUGACAGAGGAACGAGGGAUAGGGCUGAGUUUAACAAGAAGCAGAUGUUUGAGGCUUUGAGACAGCCUUUGACCUGGCUUUACUUUAUGAUGGCGCUCUGCAUCACUCUGACGACUCCCAUUCUCAAGUUCUCAUCUCUUGUUGUCAACGGCUUCGGGUACUCUCCGUUCCAGACGAUGCUCGUCGGUCUGCCCGGCGGCGCCAUUAGCUUCGUGACGAUCUGGGUGUCUGCUUUGGUGCCGCGGUUCUUCCCCGGCACUCGGGUGUACACGUCCAUGGGACUUAGUCUGAUACCGUUGCUGGGGUCCGCCAUGCUACUUGGGUUGCCGGCUAAAGGCUACGAAUGGGGCAUCGUGGCGAGCACUUGGCUCGCGGCGUGCUGCAGCUCUCUGCUGAGCUCAUCUGCGUCGAUGAUGGCGUCCAACGUCAAGGGUAACACCAAGAAGAGCGUCGUCAGCGCGGGCUUCUUCAUCGUAUACUGCGUUGGAUGUAUCGUCUCGCCGCAGGCCUGGACGGAAUCUGAUGCUCCGAGAUACACCAAGGGCUGCAUUCUCAGCAUUGCCAGCUGGAUUGGGCUGAUUAUCACCUAUGCCGUGUAUGGAAUCGCCAUCAAGAAGGAGAACGCCAAGAGAGAUAGGCUUGCGGCGGAGGGGAACUACGAGUAUAUGGUUGGAGGGCAUGACGGAGGGGAAUCGGCGGUGCAGAUGGGUGUUGCUGUUGAUUCGGACUUGACGGAUGUUCAGGACAAGGCCUUUAGGUAUAACAUGUAG